AUGCCAGCUCAUUUGAGCCUGGCAGAGCAGGAGUGGGAGUGGAGAAAGACAGGCAAGGCGGCAGAGCUGGGUCUCUCCAUCAGCACAGAAAAAGGACCGCUGAUGAUGUGCGACACUGCAAGGAGGCAGAGAGAUCCCAGUUCUGACGUGAAUCCCCCAGCCUCUGCGCAUAAGAGAAAAGCAUGUGCUCCAUUGUACAUCAAAUCAGCACAGAUUAAUAUCAACAAAAAAAAUGAACAUAUUGCAGAGUCAAAUGCAGUAAAGGUGGAUGAGAGGCUGCGGUUGGCCCGAGAACGAAGAGAGGCAUACCAAAAACAGCUGGCGCUGCGUGAAUGCAGAUGGUCGGCAAGAGAGGAACGGGCCAAGCAGUACUAUGAGAAACACUUGGAAGAGCGGCGCAAGAAGCUGGACGAGCAGCGACUAAGAAAGGAGAUGAGGAGGAUGGCGGUCGAGGAGAAACGCAGACAGAGGCUCAAAGAAGAAAAAGAGCGUUAUGAGUAUGUGAUGCGAAAGACAGUGGAGAAAAGUCAGAAAGCCAAACAGAAACUUGGCCACUGCUCUCGCCGGGUCACCAACAGCACUGGGAGCAAAACAAAUGCUAAACGCCACUCUCUUAGCCAGUGGGAGAUUGAACUCAUAAUUCGACUUCAGACUCCCACCAUUUCCUAUCUAGCCAGGAGUAAGAGCUUUGUGUGUCUGUCCCAAGACACAGUUGUUCAUGUUUGUCGUCGUUCAGCCUCAUGCCAUUCUAAGAACUCUAGCAACACACAAAUGCCACAGAUCCAUUGUGGGAAAAUGGUAAACAAGCCUGCCAGCUCAGGUCCAAAAGCCACAAUCUGCAAAAUUACUAAAAGAGAACUGGUGGCAACAAGGGAUGUUGAGGAAAAAGAUUUGAAGACACACCUUCAAACAACAACUGAAAUCAAACCCAAAGUGGGCACAACCCCACAGGGAAAUGCAGUACCCCCACCAUUAGGGCUGCAGAACAGACAUGUCAGACAUAAAACACUAAAACAAGAUGGUUUGCCUCCACUCCCAGACGAGGAGGAUCUGGAGCCAGAGCAUGAACUCUCCACUGGCCCUCUAAAUCCAGAUGAAACAACUCCACAAUGUCUGCACAGAGAUAUUAAACAGGAUGGGCAACUUCAGUUGAAUCUACCAACAAAUGGACCUCUGAACCCACCACACAGCUCUCAGCUUCCGAAUGGACUGAAACGCAAUGGUGAUGAAGCCCAGGUCAGACCUGCUGCUUGGACCACAGACCCUGAGGAGGUCAUUCGCCUGCUGGCAGAGAGAAGGAGACAAGCCAGGCUCCAAAGAGAGAAGGAGGAAGAGGAACGCAGACAGGAGGAGACAGAGAGAAGAAGCAGGGAGUUUCUGGCCCGUCAGAGCGCUGAGAAACGAGCCAGACAAGAAUCAGAGGCCCUCAGACUGCAGGAGGACAUGAGGAAGAGGGAAGAGGAAGAGCGACUGCAGGCUGAGGAAGACUAUACUCACAGACAGAAACAGGAGGAAAACAGGCUUCAUCAACAGAGAGAGACUUGCCAGAGGGCAAUGGCAGAACAGCAAAGACUGGAAAGAGAGAGACACUACCAGAGAGAAGAGACUGAGCGCCAAGAGAGAAAAAAGCGUCUGGACGAAAUCAUGAAAAGAACACGAAAGACAGACUCAGAAGAGAAAAAACCUGUAUCACUGAAGUGCACCUUUCCUUGUGAGAAUGAAAAGCCUAUAAUCAGGCUACCAAAUCCGAGAAAAACCCCAAAGCUUGAACUGAGGGAAGAGGAGGACAUGCUUCCAGAGGUGGCCUUCAAGGAACGUCGAUAUUUCCGCAUUCUCACUGGCCUGGAAGUGAUAUAGGCCCAUCAGCAAACAGGUAUAUAAAUAAAUUAAUCUUAAAGGAAUAUUACUGGUUCAAUUCAGGUUAAGCUCCAUUGACAGCAUUUGUGGCAUAAUGCUGAUUACUAAAAUAAAUAUAUAAUUUUGAUAUAAUUUUUCGGGCGUUCGGGGCCCCCCACUGCCGCGGUCCCUGGGGCUUAAGCCCCGGUAAGCCUGCACGUUAAUACGGCCCUGGGCGCACAGCCACUCUGACAUUAUCCUGCAGGAUAUCUUGAUAAACUUGGGAAUUAAUGAUGUUCCCUUCACCGUAGGGAUGAUGUUUUCAUGUUGUAAUGCGGUGCCCUUUUUAUGCCAUAGUAGUACUGAAUGUUCUUCCCAAACAAUUCAACCUUAGAUUCAUCAGUCCACAAAACAUU